GACAAACUGGGGGGCGCAGACUGGCGAACUGGGGGCACUGGGAGCGACUGGGAGGCACAGGGCUCUGGGGGAUGUCGCUCCCCGCUGAGCCCAGCGCAGGGGGGGCUGUUCCCCACAGGAUGCUGUCGCGGGGCCGGCGGCUCCUGCGCUCCUGGAAAUCGCUGUUCACGGGGAGGCUCCUGCUCCUCACCAACACCCUGAGCUGCGGGGCCCUCCUGGCGGCCGGAGAUUCCCUGCAGCAGGAGUGGCACCGCCGCAAGCACCCCGAGAGCCAACACCAGCUGGGCAGGACUGGCCGGAUGUUUGCCGUGGGCUGCAGCCUGGGCCCCCUGAUGCACUACUGGUACCUCUGGCUGGACUCGGCGUUCCCAGCCCGGGGCGUGCGGAGCCUCCGGACGGUGCUGAAGAAAGUUCUGAUCGACCAGCUCGUGGCAUCGCCCGGCCUGGGCGCCUGGUACUUCCUGGGCAUCGGCACCCUGGAGGGCCAGUCCCUGGAGGAGAGCUGGGAUGAGCUCAAGGAGAAAUUCUGGGAGCUUUACAAGGCCGACUGGUGCGUGUGGCCGGCGGCUCAGCUGCUGAACUUCCUCUUCAUCCCUCCCACCUACCGCGUGGUUUACGUCAACGUGGUCACCCUGGGCUGGGACACCUACCUGUCCUACCUCAAGCACAGGCCUAGAGCCACCCCAAGCACCAAGCAGGAGGACCAGCGCAGUGCCAAGGCAUAGAGAGGUGGAUGUGGGCACUUCCAGAGGCUCCUGCCUGCAGCAAAUGGCCUUUUUUGGGGGGGCCUUGUGGCCACUGGGGAUUGAUCGACCCAAGGGGGGCCAUGGCUGGAGACCAGCAAGGCCAGACCCCCCCCCAGCCACGUGCCUCUUGCUGAUUAACUCAUCCGCUAAUUAGGAUGGGUCGGGGUUGUGUUGGUAACAAUCUCCUGUUUGCAGGAUGACCUGUAAAGUGAUUUCUUCUGGGAUGUACCCCUGGAGCCGGGGUGAGGAGCUGCUGCAGCCCCCAGCAAGGGCUCUGGUGCUUUCCCUGCUGCUCCAGGCUGGAUUUGUUCCCUCUCUCCAGAGCAAACUUGCUCCUCUCCAACCUCCUCCUCGGAUCCACUCCAGCCACUCAGAUCCUCACUAAUUAAUCAGGAAGGAAUUCUUCCCUGUGAGGGUGGGGAGGCACAGGGUGCCCAGAGAUGCAGCUGCCCCAUCCCUGGAAGUGUCCAAGGCCAGACUGGAGCACCCUGGGCUAGUGGAAGGUGUCCCUGCCCGUGGCAGGGCGGGUGGCACUGGGGGAGCUUUGCCCUCGCACUCCAAAGCAUUCCACGAUUCAUUUUGCCUGCCUGGCAGAGGGAUGAUGCCCCCUCUGCAGCUCCUCAUUCCUUCCCCUCCUGCUUUUUGUCUUGCAGCUCAAGGAUGGAAUCACUCCACUCCCCCACCCUCUGCUCCUGUUCCCCCCAUUCCCCCCUUUCCUUCCCUCCCCCCGGGCUGUGGGGGCUGGAGCCUCCCCGCUGGGAUAUAAAUAGGGGUGUGAUCACACCCGUCUGCUCUGCCGAGCCUGGGAGGCGGCUGGAGAAGCAGGGGCGGGGGGUUGGAGGCAAAUUUUGGCAGGAUUUGGACCAUCCCAUCCCUCUGCUACCAGCCCUGGGCAAGCUGGACACUCCCUGCAUCGCCCAGGAGCUGAAUGAUUUCCAGAAUCAAUGAAAACUGCCUAAAUGGGAUUUUUUUUUUCCUCUUAAAGCUGUGCCUUAAGCUCUGCUCUCAUCCCUCCUCGUGUCACAGCCCUGGAGGGACACGAUCCCUCCUUCCCCAGCAGCAGGAGCCAGCUGGGAAAAUGAUAAUAGAUCAUUUUGGCUCCUCUCUCUCUGGCAACUCAGAGGACCCACCCCCUCACUGUCCCCUGCGUGCCCACAACGACCCCCAGGGACCUGUGUGAUCAGCAUCGAUUUAUUUCGUCACGACAUUUCUUUUUUAAUACAGUGAUUUUUAGGAAAUUGUACCCUUUUUUUUUUUUUUUUCCUUUUUUUUUUUUUUUUGACACUUUUGACAUUUGUACAGUACAGUGUAACUCUUCCAUAAGUAAACUUCACAAAAAAGAGGACGAGGAGGGAGGAAAAGGGAGGAAGAUGGAAUAGAGGGGGUGGGGAAAGGGGGAAAAAAAGAAAACCCUGUGAAAUCAAAGACACGGCGCUCCAAGAAAAAUAAAUAAAGGGCAGCUCUGUCAUUGCUACGGGAAUAUCCACUUAUUCACAGUCUCCACAGAAGCACAGUACCACAGGAACACGAGAUUCCCAAACCCCUGGAGCGAACCAGCAACUCUCUGCUUGCCUCCCACCACGAGCCCAUCCCUAACCUCCCUUUCCCCCCAGGGGGCUGAUUCUCUCCAGGUCGCUUGGCCUCGCUGAUGUACUUAAAUGAAUUCGGUUUUUUUCCUUUAAAUCUUUUAAAUAAUAAGAGGUUUUGUUUUGUGUUUU